AUGUCCGCAUCAUCAUCAUCUGGUUCAGCUAAAGUACAUUCAGCUCAAGCUGAAAAUGUACAUGUUCAAUCAGUUGUUGAAACUGAAACUCAAUCAAAGGUUAGCAUGGAAAAUUCAAAAAAAAUUACUGAUCUUAUGGCUCGUCUUGGAUCAACACAUCUCCAAGUUGAUGAAUAUUCACGUAGACGUACUGAAGAAAUUAGCGAAGCUGUUUCUGAAUCAAUCAAAAAAGUUGUUGCUGAAACACAAUUACAACAACAACAACUUCUUGCUGAUGCUAAUACACGUACAAGUGGAAUCGAACUUGAAUUCAAACGCAAAAUUCAAGAACAUGUUGCAAAACUCGACGGUGAAAAAGCCACCGUACUUGCUCAACUUGAAAAAGAACUUAAUGUUCGACAAGAACUUAUUCUUGAAUCUGCCCGCAAACGUAUCGAUGAUCUUAACGAAGAAGCUAACCGAUUAAAAAUGGGUGUUCUUAAAGAAGCUCAAGCUCAAAGCAACGCUCAAGUCACAAAAAUUACCGAACAAGUUACCGCUCUUGGUCAAGAAGAUGCUUCACGUCGUCUUCAAUCAACCACAACAACAGUUAUUACAACAAAAGCUGCUGCUUCUGGUGAAACACAUGUUCAAGGUGCUGCCGUAACAGUUGGAAAGACAACACAAGUUGAAUCAGCUAAAUCAUCAAGCAGUUCAUCAUCAGCACAUUUCGAAUCUCGUUAA